UGGAGUUGGAUUAAAUACAUUUAUGGAAAAAGUAAAAUUGAAUGGUAAGAUAAUUGAACAUUGUAACAGUGCAAUGGAUUCCUCAGUGGAAAACAACAUGUAUGUAAACAAAGUGUGGGUUCAAUGUGAGAAUGAAAGUUGUUUGAAAUGGAGAUUGUUGUCAAGUGAGGAUGCAGCCAAAGUUGAUCACAAUGAACCAUGGUACUGCCUCAUGAACACUGAUUCAAGGUAUAAUAACUGCUGUAUUUCUGAAGAAGACUUUCCUGAAGAGUCUCAGCUUCAUCAAUGUGGAUUUAAGAUCAUAUAUUCACAGCUUCCUCUUGGAAGCCUGGUUUUGGUACAAUUACAGAAUUGGCCAAGUUGGCCAGGAAUACUUUGCCCUGAUCCUUUUAAAGGGAAAUAUGUGACCUAUGACCUGGACGGAAAUGUUGAACGGUAUCAUAUAGAAUUCCUGGGUGAUCCCCAUUCAAGAUCAUGGAUAAAUGCAACUUUUGUUGGACAUUAUAGUAUCAUGUUUAAGCCAGGGAAAUGUAAGAAUAAAAAGAAGUGGUAUAAAAGUGCACUACAAGAAGCAUACCUACUCUAUGGAUAUUCUCACGAACAAAGACUGGAAAUGUGCUGCCUAUCAAAACAGGAUAAAUCCAAAGCAGAUGACAAAGUUGCUGUGGUGGCUAAGAAAAGAAUGCAAGUUUCCAAAAAUAAUAUUGAAAAGAAAAAGCCCAAAUUUAGAAAAAGGAAAAGGAAAAUGAUUUUAAAAUGCGCUUUUGAAAAUGUUUGUUCAGAUGAUGCCUUAUCAAAGGAAAACAUGGUUGUCUCUGAGACAGAAGUUUUACUAAAAGAACUGGAGCAAAUGCUACAGCAAGCACUAGAGCCCACAGCAAUACCUGAUGAGUCAGAAGAAGAACAUGGAGAAGAAAUAAAUACAGAAGAAAAGUUUUCUAAAUGCAUCCCUGAAGCUCCUGCAGGCAGUCCAUUUGAAAACUGCUAUGAAGAGGACUAUCUUGUAAUUGAUGGGAUAAAAUUAAAAGCUGGAGAAUGUAUUGAAAAUAUAACUAAAAAGUUUGAAGAAAUAGAUGCUUUGAUGUCUGAAUUUUAG